AUGAGCAACAAAAUAGCAAAUCAAUAUCCAGUGACACAACAGCCUGACAUGUCAGAAGACUCCGAAUAUAUACAAGAACCAGUUACAAAUGAAGACAAAUCUAAGCAAAAACAACGUCAAUCAAAUUCUUCAAACAGUUGGUUUACAUGGUUUCUUUGUGAUGAUUUUGAUCUAUGUUGUUGUUUAUGGUUAUUGAACCGUAAAUAUUCAGAUGCAAAUGGUGAUGGUGGUUGUUGCUCUUGUGAUGAUUCUGGCAAUGGAUGUGACUGUGGUGGUUGUAAUGGAUGUGACUGUGGUGGUUGUGAUGGAUGUGACUGUUAA